AUGACUGUCCUUGAUUUAAAUGAAUGGUUCUUUGCAUUUAUUCAUAUUUCAUUCAUUUAUACAUUUAUUACCCUGUUACAUCUCGUUGUUCCUGCUCAUUACGUUCGAGGUUAUGUUCAAGAUGGUCCAUUAUACUAUCGUCUUAAUGGUUUAAGAGUUUUUCUUAUUGUUAGUCUUUCAUUUAUUCUUUGUAUUGGAUACUUCGAAUUUAUUGAUAUACAAUAUUUGAUAGAACUUCGAUUAAAACAUGCUAUUUGUGCUUGUCUAAUAGGUUUAAUAUUUACAUUUGUUCUUGUAAUUCCGCAUAAACCAAAAUCAUCAUCAUUUUUACUUGAUAUUUAUCUUGGUCGGUUAAAAAAUCCUCAAUGGUUUGGUAAUCAUGUCGAUGGUAAAAUCUUACUUUAUCUUAUCGGAGGUAUUGGAUUAGAACUUAAUUUAAUUCUCUUUUAUUUUGAACAUGCACAAGAAAAUAAAUCCAUGACAAAUAUAAGUACAUAUAUUAUUUUAUUUAGUUUUUUUACAACAGAAUAUUUUUAUCAUGAACAUGUUCAUUUGUAUACAUUUGAUUUUAUAAUUGAAUAUGUUGGUUUUAAAUUAGUUUGGGGUUGUCUUGUUUUUUAUCCAUUUUUCUAUCCAAUUGCUAUUUGGUGUAAGAUUAAUUCAACAUCAUUAUCAUUUAUUCGACAAUUGUUAAGUAUUUGCGUAUUUUUUCUUGGAUGGAUUUUAUCACGUGGUGCAAAUAAUCAAAAACAUUUAUUUCGUACAAAACCAAAUGAAAAAUUUCUAAAUAUUUUUCAACCAAUAUCAGUGAAUGGACGGUUACUUUGUUCAGGUUGGUGGUCACUUUCACGACAUAUUAAUUAUUUAGGUGAUACAUUAAUGGCUAUUGGUCUUAGUAUAGCAAUUAAUGGUGGAAUAUAUCCAUGGUUAUAUCCAUUGUAUUAUAUUGGAUUAUUUAUUGCUCGAGAAAGAACUGAUUAUGACAGAUGUAGAGAAAAAUAUGGUCGUGAUUGGGAUGAAUAUUGUCAGCGUGUUCCUUAUAGAAUUAUUCCAUUUUUAUAUUAA